GGGAACCGGCAUCUAGGCGCUAGUGUGCUAGUGCGGAGCGACCUCCUCCUCACUGAACCCCAGUCCACGUCCCUUCGAGGCUGCAGCCAUGAAGGAGAGACGGGCACUGCAGCCAGUGGUGGUCAGAUGUAAGCUCGUGCUGGUGGGGGACGUGCAGUGUGGGAAGACGGCGAUGUUACAGGUGCUAGCGAAAGACUGCUAUCCCGAGACCUAUGUGCCCACCGUGUUUGAGAAUUACACAGCCUGUUUGGAGACAGAGGAGCAGAGGGUGGAGCUGAGUCUCUGGGAUACCUCAGGCUCUCCUUACUAUGACAAUGUCCGUCCACUCUGCUACAGUGACGCAGAUGCCGUGUUGCUGUGCUUUGACAUCAGCCGUCCAGAGACCAUGGAUAGCGCGCUCAAGAAGUGGAGAACAGAAAUCCUAGACUAUUGUCCCAGCACACGGGUUUUGCUUAUUGGCUGCAAGACAGAUCUUCGAACAGACCUGAGCACUCUAAUGGAACUGUCCCAUCAGAAACAGGCACCCAUCUCCUAUGAGCAGGGCUGUGCGAUAGCGAAGCAGCUGGGCGCAGAACUCUACCUGGAGGGCUCUGCUUUCACUUCAGAGACGAGCAUCCACAGCCUCUUCCGGACCGCAUCCAUGGUGUGUCUGAACAAGCCCAGCCCAGUGCCCCCGAAGAGCCCUGUCCGGAGCCUCUCCAAGCGACUGCUCCACCUCCCCAGUCGUUCUGAACUCAUCUCGACCACAUUCAAGAAGGAAAAGGCCAAAAGCUGUUCCAUCAUGUGAAGUCGGAGCCGGAGGUGGGGGAGACAGCCCCCAAUUUCCUCCCUUGGGGUGCAGAGGCUCGGGGAGAGGGAGGAUGAGACGGCUUAAGACACCGGAUGUGAUGUUUUCAGAUGGCCACAGAGGGCUUUAGGAGGAGACAGGAACGAGACUGAAGAAGAUGCCAGGCUUGGCAGGAGGGCCUGACAUUAAGCAAAAACCAUCACACCCCAAGCCCGACACUAGGCUGUGGAGGGGGUCGUUGCCCCUGCGUCCCCUACUCCAGAGGAAGGACAGGUAUUCGGAAGGUGGAGACAUGCUGGCCUCGCCUUCAACAUCACACCUCUUCCACACCGUGUUCCCAUGUAGGCUUGGGGUGGGCGGGGUGCUUGAUCCCUUCUCCUCCCCUUUAAGAAGUGGCAAUGGACUGGAGAAUGGGGAAGCCUGGGGGCAGUUCCCUUGGGGGCUUAACCCAGAUACUUCAUCACUGAAACCAGGAGGGCGACGGCUGACUAGACCUAAGAAGGAACUCUCAUUUUUGCAUAGCCCAUGUGUCAUGGAGAGGUGGCAUCAUACAUUCACACGCUUCUCACUGAAGUCCCCAGGGCCCAAGGGGGAAGCCCCAGACCCCCUCCUCUUGCAGAGUGUGGGGGUGGUGGU